AUGUCAGAAGACUUGAAGUAUGCUAUCUCUCAGAAUAAUCUGAAGAAAAUCCAAGAAAUCCUAUGUACCACUAAUGUUGACUUGAACCGUAAGUACAGCAAGUACCGUCCUUUACUACAAGCAUGUGUUAAGGGUUCUCCUGUGAUUGUUGGUGCCCUUGUAAAGGCAGGUGCAAAUGUAAAUAUCAAGGUUCACUAUGAUUAUAUUGAGUUGAGAUCACCGCUUAAUGGAGAAAUAGGCCGCCAUGGAAUUCAAACAGUCACCCCUUUGAUACUUGGAGUCGUGGACAGAAACUUGGAAUUGGUGAAGAAACUUCUACAAGACUGCGGUGCUGAUGUCAACGCAACAAACGAAGCCGGCACAGCACCUUUGCACUGUAUCCCAACAAAUCGUGUAGACACACACACACGCAGGGGUUUAACUGCUAAAGCUCAGGUGAAACAAGAAAUUGCUGAGCUUCUGUUGAAGGCUGGAGCAGAAGUCAAUGCACUGGAUGGGAAAGGGCAGACGCCACUUCACCGCGCUGUCAUUGCGAAAGAUCUAGUCUUCACUAACCUACUGUUGAAGGCCGGAGCAGACGUCAACUUAAGUGACGGAGAACGCAAGACUCCACUUCACCGCACCGUUACAGCAAACCAUCUUGAGUCAACACAGAUUCUUCUUGAAAAUGGCGCACGGGUUGACAUUGCGGACAGAGAUGGCUCUACAGCACUACACAUUGCUGCAAGAGCACUCGACAGACAGCUUUGCCAGCUUCUGAUACGGCAUGAAGGUGGCAAGACAGCUGUCAAUCACACAGCACGUGAUGGGGCUACUCCAUUACAUGUUGCAAUUGAAUCGAUAAACGUGUACUAUACUAUGAUGUAUACUUCUGAGGAAAGGAUGUCUGUUGUGCAACUGUUGAUUGACAACGGUGCAGAUUUGACCAGCCAAAAGCACGGUUUAACCCCUCUACAUCUCGCAGCAGAAGACAAACCUUUAGACAUUGUCAAAAUGCUGGUAGAGGCGGGGGCAGACAUUCGAGCAGAGGCUCUAAAGACUGGUCUGACUCCCCUCGACAUGGCCAAACACACAAAGAAGCAAGACGUUGUUGACUACCUGGUCGCAAGGGCAGAAAAGGACAAUGAAGAGGGAGGAAGGCCCAAACGGGAUCCACCCAGCGUGGAGCCACGGCAGACAGACACACCUGUGGAGGAGACUGUUGAAGGGGCAGUGGGAGGGAUUCAAAAGUUGGACAUCAAGGAUGAGGACAAGGGUACGUAUCCAGUAGUUGCUGGUGCCCUGGUAAAGGCAGGUGCAAAUGUCAAUAUAAGGGUAAAACUUCACUCUAUUCACUUCAGACUCAGAGAGUUAGGUGUAAGUGUGACAAUGUAUGAAAACCUCUGUCAGGCAGUAGGAGGCAUGUAUGGUACAGUGACCCCUUUGAUAAUUGGAGUUGUAGACAGAAACGUGGAACUAGUCCGGAAACUUCUACAAGACUGUGGUGCUGAUGCCAAUGCAACAAAUGAGGCAGGCUUGACGCCUCUGCACUGUAUCCCAACAAAUAAGAAAGAUGAACGUUUACCCGCUAGUGCUCACGUGAAACAAGAAAUUGCGGAUCUGUUGUUGAAGGCAGGAGCCCAAGUCAACGCAUGUGACAGCAAAGCUGAAACACCACUUCACUGUGCUGCUAUGGCAAAGGAUCCGGUCUCCACACGCAUAUUUCUUCAGAAUGGUGCAACAGUGGACAUUGUAAACAGCGAAGGUUCUACACCAUUACAUACAGCAUGUCAAGCAAAAGUGGAUAGUCGGUGUAAUAUUACCGGUAUGUAUUAUCCUGAUACAAAUCAGAUUCAGAAUAUUGCGGCAGUUGUAAAACUCCUCGUUGACAAUCGAGCAAACUUGUCCAGCCAGAAGCACGGUUUGACCCCCUUACACCUUGCAGCAGAAGUUGGCUAUCUAAAUGUCGUGAAAGUGCUUGUAAGAGCAGGAGCAGACAUCAACACAAAGGCUCCUGUUACCGAUCUAACUCCUCUGGACAUGGCUGUACAUGCAAGGAAGCAAGAUGUUGUUAACUACCUGGUCACUGAAGCAGCAGAAAGAAGGAGGAGACUUCAAGUCACAAAGAAAAGGACAAAGGAACGACAAAGACCUAAACGGGAUUCAUCAAGUGUAGAGCAAGCAGAAGACAAUAACAUGUCAUCACAGCAGACAGUCACACCUGUGGAGGAGACUGUUGAAGGGGCAGUGGGAGGGAUUCAGCAGUUGGACAUCAGGGAUGAGGACAGUGGUGACAAGGAAUGA